AUGCUUCGGGUUUACUCUGUUUUAUAUAUCGAGCGUCUAUGGAACGACGAACCCGCUGUAUCUCAUCAGAAACAUUUGAUUCGGUCUUCAAAUUCAUCAACCCACUCCCAAAUCAUUGUUACUGACGCAUACACAACCAGAGGCAUCCAAGCAGACGACGGUGCUGCUACUGCUCAUGAGCAAAACGAUGAUGAAGAUGAGCAAGGAGAUAACCAAGAGAGCCCUGAAGAAGCGCCGUUACAAGCAGCCCCUACAUUAGUCCAAAUACCAGAAGCUACACCAGCAGAUGCUGAGAUGGUAGAUGGCAAAUUAGAUAGUGAGACGUCAGUUGAUAGCGCUGUUCCACAACAACCGCAAGAACACAUUAUCAACAGUCUAGCCAUUGAUACCAACAAUUUGCAGGAUUACCCUUCCUCCUCCUCCUCCUCCUCUACUGCUGCUGCUGCUGCUGCUGAUGCACAAGCAAAAGCACAAGCAGAAGUAAUGUCAAUAACAACAACAAUACCUGUAACAGCUGUAGCUGAAAGGUCAGCAGAUCAUGCCCCAACAUCCAUCUCAUCUUCGUCCUCUAUCUUGCCUCCUCUCACACCAUCAUCUGUUCAUUCUAUUGGCGGUAAUGAUGCUUUUGAAAAACCAAGAACGACAUCUUUGAUUAGAAGAGAAACUCAAAAGAUCAACGAUAGACGCAAGAGUUUGACAAAGAAAAUCAAAAGGGUUCUUACAGUCAAAUCAGAAAACAAAAGAAACUCUGUAUAG